AUGUGGGAGGAGGCGGCGCUGGCCGGCAGCGUGCACGUGGCCGAGAUCCUCAUGAGCUCGGGGGUGGACAUGCACCGGAAGACCGCGUCCGGGAUGACGGCGCUGCACAUCACCGCCUUCUCCGGCAACGAGGACUUCACGCGCCUGCUCCUGCGGCACGGGGCGCACUUGAACGAGGUGGACGCCGGCGGGGAGACCGCCCUGCACAAGGCGGUGCGCUGCGGGCACGCCUCCCUCUGCCGGCAGCUGCUAGCCUUCGACGCUGACCCCAACGUCGGGGACCGCCUGGGGAGGACGCCGCUGUACCAGUCGGUCAUCGAACCGCAGAUGGCCGGGCUGUGGGAGCCUCUCCUGGAGCACAACGCGGAGGUGAACGCGCAGACCACCGAAGGCACGACUGCGCUCCUGGCGGCGGCGCGGUUCGGCAACGAGGCGGCGUGCCGCCAUCUGCUGUCGCGCGGGGCCAACGUGGGCCUGGGCGACGCGCGCGGCACCACGCCCCUGCACGCGGCGGUGGAGGGCGGCGACGAGGCCAUCUGCCGCCUGCUGCUGGGCCGCGACGCCGAC